AGCACCAAAAUUAUACAAUGCCAAUCCAUCGUCAUUAUCAUCAAGGAUAACAAAGACAACAACAAAACAACAUAGGUUACACACAUACACACAAUAAAUAAACAAUGAACAAAUGAACUACCAUGCACAAUGCAAGCAACAAAAAGGCCUCCUCCUCACUUGUCUCCACUCCGAUCCCUCCGUUUCUCCCUUAUAUAUAGUAGCACUCUUGUUCAUCAUCUCCUCCCUCCUCCAAGCUGAGCUCGAUCGACUGCGUCCAUGGCGAGGAAGCGCAAGGCCUCCCACUCCGCCUCUGACAUUGACUGCGGCAACGACGUGCUCAACCCGCCGCCACUGUUAGCGUCCACGGAAGCUUGUGCAUGGGCGUCGGGUAGCAGCAUGGCCGCGGUGGCGGUGGCGGUGGCCGCGGCACAGCAGCAGCGGGGCAGGAAGCGGUUUGUCGGCGUGCGGCAGCGGUCGUCGGGGCGGUGGGUGGCGGAGAUCAAGGACACCAUCCAGAAGAUCCGCGUGUGGCUCGGCACCUUCGACACAGCCGAGGAAGCCGCCCGCGCCUACGACGAGGCUGCCUGCCUCCUCCGCGGCGCCAACACGCGCACCAACUUCUGGCCGCGCCCCACGCCAGCCGCCGCCGCCGCAGUGCAUCCCGUGCCGGCGGCGGCUCCCACGCCGGCGCUGCCGUCCAAGGUCACCAACCUCCUGCUCCUGCGGCUCAGGGCCCGCAACCAGCAGCACCUCAACGCCACCGCGGAACCGCAAGAAACCGCGAUGCUGCAGGGGCCGUCGUGCAAAGAAGCGUACGGCACCGGCCACGGCGACGAGUGCGGCUUCCAGGUUGACGACUUCUUGAGCUACGACUGCGGCAGCGACGGAAAUAGCUCCCAAGAAAUUGAGGAGGAAGAGGAAGAGCAGGAAGAGCUGGACUUCCAGUUCAUGGACGCGCACGCCGCGUCGCCGGCGGCGGGAGGCGAGUGCGGGCUCUGCUCUCCGUUCGAGGUGGUGGCGGCGGAGCUCGGCAGCGCGGUGGAAGCCGACAACGGCGAGCCCACGACGGCCGUGCAGGAGCUGAUGAGGAGGAUGGACUAUGAGAGGAAGAUCUCGGCGUCGCUCUACGCGCUCAGCGGCGUCUCGGAGUGCCUCAAGAUGCGUCUCGGCGACGCCAGCGACGCGGCGCGAGAGCAGCUUUCCGGGCUGAGGGAGGCGUGCCGGAAGAAGCAGCGAGAGACAGUUCAACAGCGCCAUCAAGAACAAGAACCAGCGGCCGAAACAGCAGAGCAUGGCAAGGCGGUUCAAGAGGAGUAUUCAGGCGGCAGCGGCGCCCCGGAGACGGCACGCUCGUCAUCCGAGGCAAGCGGCGGCGACGGCGACGUGCUGCUGUGGAGCUCCCUGGACUUGGCUCCCAUCUGCUAAAUGGCAUAGUUUGAUCAGCUUAGAGAUUUUGUGGUAUUCGUUUGUUACAUGCAUGGCUAAUCACUCAGAUAAGAAGCCCUGGUGAUAACUUGCUUACCCAUUUAGUUUGUUCAAGAAAACAGUAAGUUUAGUUCAUCAAUUAUGGAGUUACACCACUCAUAGCAUUCGUUGAAAAUCACCACUGACAAAUGGAGCAUUUAGUUCCUUGAGUGCACUUGGGGCCCACCAGUCUGUGGCACAAUUACACGAGAGGAUUUUGUUCAGCUCAAAGUUCAUGUACAAUGGAAGCAUUCAAGUUCACAAUGAUGAGCUUGAAAAUUGAAGGAAUAAACUCAGCAAA